GCGGCCGCGUGACGCUACCGGCCCCGCCCCCUCCCUCACCCUCCCCGCGCGCCGGCCACAAAGGUGGAGGGAGGCCCUGACGGUGCUCGCGCGGUCUUAGCGCUCGUCUAUCUCCUGGGCUUGGGGGGGGGCGCCUGCGCGCUGGUUUCGCCUCCCCUCCUGCCGGCCUACUCGGCGCCACGUGACUGUCGGAGGUCUGCGUGCCCAUUGUAAAGGUGGAGAGGUUAAGGCCCAGAGAGGGUCCUUUUGCUAACACGUAACAACCAAUGGGGGCGGUUCCAAGGUGGGAGCUGGAGAAGAGUCAGAAAGCGCUCAGUGGCCGGGAAAGCCCACCAGUGAAAUAGCACUUAGAGAUCUUCAGCUGAGGCCACCCAGGGAAGUUGCCGAGAUCUCGGACUUGCCCCUUGGGGAGAGGUGCUUGGAAAUCCUCGAGUGCCGCUGCACCCACUUAACAGGGAAAUUGAGGGGCCUUGAAGCUGCGGGUGGGGGAAGGAGGGCUCUACAAGAGGGCUCAAGGACCAGCAGAAGCCCAGAGAGGGCCACGGCCCUACCCAAGGUCACACAGCACGCCCGGGCACGCGCCCUCCGACCCGGGGCUCUUGACGUCAUCGCAGCCCCCGCUCCGGAGCUCGACCGGAAGUGAUGGCAUCGGAUUGGCUUCGGGCCUGGGAAGGCCUGAGGCUCCCAAGAUGGCUCCCGCUCCGACUUCACUGCCCACAGCCAAAAUGGCGCCCGCAGAACUCUUAGCUCGUUGAGUCCAGUGCGGUUGCGAGGCAGGAUGUUCCGGAUGCUUCUGCCCUUAGCUAAGGUGGCGCUGAGGCCCCGCCCCGUCGCCCGCGCCCGCCCUCGUUAAAGAUGGCUCCGAACCCUACUCCGCUUCUGUGCAGGCGCAACGUCUGAGGGGAGGAGGGAAGGAAGAGGGACCCGGAAGUCGAGGGGCCCCCCCGGGUGGAAGUGACGCCACCCCCGCGGCCCAAAAUGUCGGCGCCCAGAGGGAGGUAGAUGCCCCAGGCAGGGCACGUGUGGACCGUCAGCCAUGGAGGACAGCGGUGUGGACGGUCCUCUCCCUGCAGCUGGCCCGGCCCCAGCACCGACCCCGACCCCUCCGGUGGCCCCCCGGGUACCCUUCCACUGCAGCGAGUGCGGAAAGAGCUUCCGCUACCGCUCGGACCUGCGGCGCCACUUUGCCCGCCACACGGCUCUCAAGCCCCACGCAUGCCCCCGCUGUGGCAAGGGCUUCAAGCACAGCUUCAACCUGGCCAACCACCUUCGCUCGCACACCGGGGAGCGGCCCUACCGCUGUUCUGCCUGCCCCAAGGGCUUCCGCGACUCCACGGGCCUUCUCCACCACCAGGUGGUCCACACAGGUGAAAAGCCUUACUGCUGCCUGAUCUGUGAGCUCCGCUUCUCCUCGCGAUCCAGCCUAGGCCGUCACCUAAAACGGCAGCACCGGGGGAUGGCCCCACCGACCCCUGCGGGCUUGGGCCCGUCUGGCUUAGUGCCUGGCCUCCUUCCUACCCUGGGGCCCCCCGGUGGCCUCUCAGUCCCAGGUCCGUCCUGUAGCGCCUGCUCUGAUGAGGGCCCCUGCGUGGCCUGCGGGGGUGGCCCAGAGCCUCCUGGCCCUGGGCCAGGGCCCUGGGUGGGCGGCUGGGGGACUGGUGGGACAGGCCCCUUUGUCUGUGGGGCCUGUGGCCGCUGCUUCCUGGCAGGAGCUGAGCUGGCCGCCCAUUGGGCUGCUCACACAGAUGUGAAACCCUUCAAGUGCCCACGUUGUGAGCGCGACUUUAAUGCCCCGGCCCUGUUGGAGCGCCACAAGCUCACCCAUGAUCUCCAGGGUUCCUGGCCUGGGCCUGAGGGCAGGGAGGCGGGGCUGGAAGUUCCCGAAGGGCCCCAGGAGUUUCCCUCUGAGGAUUUACAGGAGUUCCCUGAGGAGGGGCCCCAGGAGUUUCCUUCUGAGGGGUCCCACGAGUUCCUUUCUGAGGAGCCCCAAGAGUUCCCUCAAGAGGAACCCCAUGAGUUCCCUGAAGAGGAUCUCAAUGAGUUUCACCCUGAGGGGUCCCAGGAGUUCCUUUCUGAGGGGCCCCAGGAGUUCCCUCUGGAGGUACCCCCGGAGAUGUCCCAGGAGGACCCUGUGGAGAUACCAGAGGAAGUAUCCCAGGAGUUACCCGGGGAAGUGCCCAUAGAGGUAUGCCAGGAAUUACCUAUGCAGGUACCUGGGGAGGAGUCCCAGGAGGGGCCCCCUGAUCCAGACCUGGAGGCCCCGUUCCCCGUGGCCGCUGAGCUGGGCGAGGCCUCAGAGGAGACCCUGUACCAGUGCGACUGCGGGACCUUCUUUGCCUCAGCAGCAGCCCUAGCUGCUCACCUGGAUGCCCACUCAGGCCCAGCUUCCUGCGUCUGUGGGGUGUGCGGGGCGGUCUAUGGGGCGGUAGCAGCCCUGGAGGAGCACCACCACGGGAGCCACGGGGCUGGGCCUUCUCCAGGGGGGCCCCCAGCCGGCUCUGGCCGUACCCCAGCAGCUCUGGCAGCAGCAGCUGCUGGGAAGAAGGUGUUCAGCUGCUCUGAGUGUGAGAAGCUCUUCCGUUCCCCGAGGGACCUGGAGAGGCAUGUGCUGGUCCACACCGGGGAGAAGCCCUUCCCGUGCCUGGAGUGCGGCAAGUUCUUCCGGCAUGAGUGCUACCUCAAGCGUCACCGGCUGCUGCACGGGCCAGAGAGGCCCUUCCCCUGCCAUGUCUGUGGCAAGGGCUUCAUCACUCUUAGCAACCUCUCCCGUCACCUGAAGCUACACCGAGGGAUGGACUGAGCAGCCCCCUGUCCUGGAGAGCCUCCUGGCCUGAGUGGGAGGACCAAGGGAACCUUGGAAUUGGAGGGGGAGAGGGCUUCUGGUCCGGAGGGACCCCCGAGCAUGAGGGUAGUCAGGGACAUUGGACAGGGGGAGGAAAAUGGAGAGCUGAGGAAGCCUUGGGACCCAGCCCUGGGUCAGGGAAGACCCUGAGACCCUUGGCCCCUGGCAGAGCCUCCUGUCCUGAGAGAGCCCUGGGACACAUCCAACUGGUUGUGGACCUUGCCUUCUUCACUCUCCAGGAAGGGCCCUCCGACCCAAGCCAACCCCCAAAGGAAGGAGGAUGGGACAGGGACUCCAGAGAAGGGGCUGAGCCUGGUGCCCCUGCCGCCCUCAGAGCUCCUGUGGGCUGUGCUCUUUGACACCCCCCUCAUGCAAGGUGGACUGCUCUGAAUGGACAGAACCGAUCCGGAUAAGGCUUUCACCUCAUUCCCCCUUCUCCCAUGGACCAGUCUAGAGGCUGUCAACCUUACCCCUUAGAAUGAAUUAACCAAGUUUGUCCUUUAUGUAGAAUGUGGACUGGUUCACAUCCCCACCGCCCUCCCUCUUUCCCCAUGCCUCCCACUCCCAUCCUUCCCACAAGGAAUGGGCUUCCUCCCACCCUGGGAAUACCCCCUUGUCUCCUCUGUGGGUUUUGGGUCUCUCUCUGUCUCUCCCAUUUGUGUCUGUCUCUGUGUCUCCCCCCCAGGCCGGUCCCCGAGGACAGGGAUGACUCAUCUGGAGGUCCUCCUGUGUGAGCAUCUGCUUGCCUCCUCUCCUUCCCCACGUCCUCAGGACCCUCAAUAAACUGGCCUGACAUUUA